AUGCCCUCUCCUAUGCUCUUGAGUCUACCAACUGAGCUUGUCACCCGCAUCAUCGACCUUGCUGACCCAUCCACUCAUUUAAACUUGGCCUGCGUAUGCAGUCAUCUUUUCAAAUGCGCGAAGAGGAUUCUUACCCAUCAUCGAGAAGCCCAUCGGAAAUUCUCUGUUAUCUCAGACCUUGACCCCUCGAGCAUCCCUACCCUUCUUCGUAGCGCCUCUGGUAUCGCCAGCCCCAUCGACGCCUGGCAUGUCAAACAUAUUGAGCUCUGGGGCUCGAGGUGGGACUGGGCUGAAUGGAGACCUUGGUCUUUAUCCGAAACAGCUGAGCAGGCUGGAGUCCCAAGGCAAAGGCGACGGCAUGUGUUUUCUAAAGUACCACGCUUGGAGUGGGUGAUUCCUCGAUGGGAGCUGGCUCACUACUUGAAGAUUAUGCAGGAGGAACUAGGCUUGCCAGAGGACCUGGUGGACUGGGCACGCGUCGAAUUUGAGCGAGGCUGCGAUAGCGUCAUGCAGAUGCUGCUUAUUGUUUUAUGCCCUCGGCUAGAAAGCCUAAAGCUUCUGUACAACCGACACGACAAGGUCGAAAGCCGCCGGUGUCUUCACUGGCUCACGUUUGUUAUAGGGAAGAGCUGGAUUCAUAGCGCGUGGCCUCCAGGCCUUCAAAGCCUCCGAGAUGUUGCUGUAGGCCUAACAUCAAAGACUUGUCUUGAUGACGACGUUGUAUAUGUCUGGUACUCUCGCAGCUCUUUCAGAGGUCUGAUGAAACUUCCAAACCUCAGAUCCUUGUAUUUUCGAGGGCUACGGGCACAAGAUCACCCCGAGAUUGACGGAGAGGGCGAUCUUUCUGCGAACAGGCAUCUUCGAAACGAUGGAGCACUCGAAUCUUCAAUCACGAUCAGUCUUCGAGACGCAGCUGAUGAACUGCCGGCUCGAUGCUCCACGGUCGAGAAUCUGUAUCUCAAAGACACUGGCGACUACGAAAAUACUGCGGAGCUAGCCGCAGCGCCGAAAGCUCUUAAGUCAUACACUAUUCAUUGGUGGCAGCAUCAGGUUCGGCCAAAUCAGCGACUGUGA